UAAUGCACUCGCUACUCUUUGUAACAGUAUAAAGCAGAGGAGAAGCUUUUCCAGCUUGUUGCGAGAAAAAGGGGGCUUGGGGAGGAUCAUUUUCCUCACUGCAACGUCGUGGUUGUGGAGUGGGGAUAAAGUUAGCGAUUCUUUAUGAGUGUGUGUUCGUUGCAAUGAUUCCCAAGCCCUAGGAGGUUUUUAUGCGUUUAGCUUGUUGGCAGAAUUUGGGGGCAGAUAUACAUACGGAUUGAUUGCGGUGAAUGUUCGUGGAUUGCUUACUUGUUGGUUGGUGAAGGGAUUGAAUUCGGGAGUUGGUGAUUUGGAACGGCGGAAAUGGAAAGUGCAUUCGCAUUGUCUGUGGCGUCAGUCGUGGAGGAUGUUCUGCAGCAGCACGAGGAUCGAUCUUGCGAUAUUGAUUUUGAUGCUCGAAGAGCUGAGGAAGCUGCAAUAAGGCGAUAUGAAGCUGCUGCGUGGCUGAGAAAAGUGGUGGGAGUUGUGGGCGCAAGAGAUUUACCAUCAGAACCUUCUGAGGAAGAAUUUAGGCUUGGGUUACGAAGUGGAAUUAUUCUCUGCAAUGCACUGAAUAAAAUUCAACAAGGAGCAGUGCAAAAGGUGGUUGAAAGUCCAUGUGACCCCUCACUCAUUCCAGAUGGUGCUGCAUUGACAGCAUUUCAAUACUUCGAGAAUUUGAGAAAUUUCCUUGUAGCAGUGGAAGACCUGGGUAUGCCAACUUUUGAGGCUUCUGAUUUGGAGCAGGGUGGAAAAUGUUCGAGGGUGGUGAACUCUGUGUUGGCACUUAAAUCCUACCACGAAUGGAAACAGGCAGGGGGGCAUGGAGUUUGGAGAUUUAGCGGAAAUGUUAAGCCUGCAACUUCUGGAAAACAGUUUGUUCGGAAAAAUUCUGAGCCAUUCACAAGGUUUUUGUCAAGGAAUACAUCAGCAAAUGAGAAAUCCUUAAAUGAUGCAUGCACAGAUAAAGAAUCCAGCAACAUGCCUAGCUCUUCCUUGAGCAUGCUUGUUCGAGCAGUUCUGUCAAAUAAGAAACCUGAAGAAAUUCCAAAUCUUGUUGAGUCUGUCCUAAGUAAAGUUGUGGAUGAGUUUGAGCAUCGCCUUGCUGGUCAAAAUCAAAUGAGGCCAGGUAAUUUCAGAGACUCCAAUACGUCUCAGGGCAAAAAGUUCAUGUUAAAGCCUACGAUGCCCUAUGGAUCGAUUGAACAAAACAAUGAUAUAAUCUCAAACAGAGACGAUGAAUUGAAAAAGAACACAGUUUAUGAUCAAGAAUCUGAAAGUAGAUCCUUGAAGCAGCGAACCAUUGUUGACCAGCAGCAAAAUGAUAUCAAGGUGCUGAAGCAAACCCUUUCUACCACCAAAGCUGGCAUGCAGUUCAUGCAGAUGAAAUUUCAGGAAGAAAUUGGCAAUCUUGGACUCCACAUUCAUGGACUAGCUCAUGCUGCUUCGGGUUAUCAUCGAGUUCUUGAGGAAAAUAGGAAGCUUUAUAAUCAAGUUCAGGACCUGAAAGGAAGUAUUAGGGUGUAUUGUCGUGUCAGACCAUUCUUACCGGGACAACAUAAUAGCUUGAGCUCGGUGGGUCACAUUGAGGAAGGAACUAUAACAAUAAACACUUCGACUAGAAACGGGAAAGGGCAGAAAUCCUUUCACUUCAACCAAGUGUUUGGGCCGUCUGCAACACAAGAGGAGGUGUUUUCAGAUACCCAACCAUUAAUAAGAUCGGUUCUUGAUGGAUACAAUGUGUGCAUUUUUGCAUAUGGCCAAACUGGAUCAGGAAAAACUUACACUAUGGCUGGACCAAAAGAUCUCACUGAGAGCACUCAAGGUGUGAAUUACAGGGCUUUAGGCGACCUGUUCUUGCUUGCCGAGCAAAGAAGAGAUACUUUUGUCUACGAUGUGUCUGUUCAGAUGAUUGAGAUUUACAAUGAGCAAGUUAGAGAUCUUCUUGUCCCUGAUGGCUCCUGCAAAAGAUUAGAAAUUCGAAAUAGUUCGCAAACGGGACUCAGCGUACCGGAUGCAACUUUAAUGCCUGUCUCAUCAACAUCGGAUGUUAUAUAUCUGAUGAACCUUGGACAUAAGAACCGUGCUGUUGGUGCAACAGCACUCAAUGAUCGCAGUAGCCGCUCUCACAGUUGUCUAACUGUCCACGUCCAAGGAAGAGAUUUAACUUCGGGCAACAUCCUUCGAGGUUGCAUGCAUCUUGUUGAUUUGGCUGGAAGCGAAAGAGUCGACAAAUCUGAAGUAACAGGCGAUAGACUAAAAGAGGCUCAGCAUAUUAACAAAUCCCUUUCUGCGUUGGGUGAUGUGAUCUCCUCACUUGCUCAAAAGAACUCACACGUCCCAUACCGAAACAGCAAACUGACACAGCUGCUUCAGGACUCACUUGGGGGCCAAGCAAAAGCACUAAUGUUCGUUCACAUAAGCCCCGAACCUGAUGCCAUUGGAGAGACAAUAAGUACACUCAAAUUUGCUGAGCGCGUUGCGACAGUUGAGCUCGGUGCUGCACGAGUAAAUAAGGAGUCAGCUGAUGUUAAAGAACUCAGAGAACAGAUAGCCAGUCUGAAGGCAGCCUUAGCCAGGAAAGAUCCAGAAUCCGUGCCGACACAAAAUAAUAAUAACAACGUAUACAGCAGUCCACAGAGAUCCCAACCUAAGAACAUGGGCUUCUUGUCGUCCCCAAAUGGACUGAGGAAGCCUAUGGAAGACGUAGGAAACAUAGAGGUGCACAAAAUUUCUGGACAUAGACAAAAGAAACCAAGCUUUGAUCUAGACGAGCUGCUCGGGAGCAACUCCCCCGUAUGGCCACCUGUCAGCAGCCCUUGCCUUAACAAUGCAGACAACGACGAGGACAGAGAAGUGGUGUCGGGAGAGUGGGAAGACAAGCUGAUGGUGAACAAGCAAGAUCCGAUUGGAAUGUUCCCAAACCGUUGGGGGGAUCCGAACAACGAUAGAGUUCCUGAUCAUCUCUUCAACCAGCGAUACUUCGAGAACCCAUGCAGCUUAGCAAAUGCACAACCAUUUGAUCAUGUUAAAGCCAACGAUGAUUCGGAUGAGCUCGACAUGGGAACCAGCGAUUCGUCUGAGCCUGACUUGCUUUGGCAUUUUAACCAUUCCAACCUUAACACCACCCCGGCGACAAUCAGCGCAAAGAUCGACAAACCUCGCCCGAAACAAACCAAAAGCCCAGAGAUCAGGAGCAUGAGCAUGAUUCCAAAAGGGCCAUCGCCAUUACAGAAAACGGGACAUUCAUCAUCACAGAGGGCUGCAAGACAGCAGACAAGUAAUGAAACAAAGCGUAAAGCAGGAAUCAGAAAGUGACUCACUGACUCCUCUUCUUCAUCCAUUCAAACUGCAAAGGUGUUGUAGAGAUUUCUAUUUUGGCAUUUUUUAUUUUUUUUUAAUUUUUGAAAUAUAUAGAAGAAAGACAAACAAGUGUUGUUAAAUUUGCUUGGUCUUUUCUGUAAAGCAUGAACUCUGAAAAGAUACCCUCCAAAGUGUGAACGAGAGUGAGUGUGUGUGUGUGUGUGUGAGAUCAUCACUGGAGUUGGCAAAUAAUUGAAGUUAUUUAUCAAUCGAAUUUAUUUCAUUGAAAACUCGUGAUAUAU